CUGAAAAGUUGGUGACAGGUUGGGGCGGCGGAGGCAGAGCGGGCAGGUGCCGCCGCCGCUGCCGGGGCGGCGGAGCGCUCGGGGGGCGGCCGGCAGCGAGCAAACUUUGAUUCCUGCCACAGAACAUGUCAGAGUUUUCCUGGGUUUUGGCUGCGUCUGGGGACAUCUUGUGAUGUUUUAGAGAACAGGACAUGAUCUCACAUGGCGAGGAGCUCUUUAGUUUCUUAAUCAUUUCACGGUUCCUUCAGAGGCUUUUUUCCACCUAAAACGUUUAGUUUCAGCUCAGUGAUCAGCUGCAAAAGCUCGGCGGGGAGCGGAAGAGUUGAAUUAUUCCAACCUGAGAGAGCCCCUCACCAAAAAAAAAAAAAAAAAAAAAAAAAAGGAAAGGAAAGGAAAAAAAGAGAGAAAAUAAAGAAGGAAAAAAAAGAAAGAAAAGAAAGAAGAAGAAAAAAGAAAAUAAAGAAGAGAAAAUACAAGAAAAGAAAAGACAAAAAAGCAGAAAAGAGGAAAAGAAAAACGGAAAAUACAAGAAAAGAGAAAAGAACACAAAACAAUAAAAACAAAAGAAAAAUAAAGUGGGAAAAGAAAGAGGUUGCAAUACGACGUGGAAACUUUUUCUUGCUUCCGUUUCCCCAAGUCCUGAAGAACCGGAAUGGAGCUGGAGAAAACCUACGCGACAUCCCGAGCCGGGCGCACAGGACAUGGAGGCGUGAAUCAGCUGGGGGGGGUUUUCGUGAACGGCCGCCCUCUCCCAGACGUCGUUCGCCAAAGGAUCGUGGAGCUCGCCCACCAAGGGGUCCGGCCGUGUGACAUCUCCCGGCAGCUCCGCGUCAGCCACGGCUGCGUCAGCAAAAUACUCGGCAGGUAUUAUGAAACUGGGAGCAUUAAGCCUGGAGUGAUUGGAGGAUCAAAACCAAAGGUCGCCACACCCAAAGUCGUUGAGAAAAUCGCAGAGUACAAACGCCAAAAUCCCACCAUGUUUGCCUGGGAGAUCAGGGACAGGCUCCUCGCUGAGCGAGUGUGUGACAACGACACGGUGCCCAGCGUCAGCUCCAUCAACAGGAUCAUAAGGACCAAGGUGCAGCAGCCACCCAACCAGCAGGUCCCAGCUUCCAGCCACAGCAUAGCCUCCACGGGAUCCGUCACCCAGGUGUCCUCCGCCAGCACCGACUCCGCGGGCUCGUCCUACUCCAUCAGCGGGAUCCUGGGCAUCGCCUCGCCCGGCGCCGACAGCACCAAACGCAAGCGGGACGAAGGUAUUCAGGAAUCUCCAGUACCAAAUGGCCAUUCUCUCCCAAGCAGAGAUUUCCUUCGGAAGCAGAUGCGAGGAGACCUUUUCACCCAGCAGCAGCUGGAAGUGCUGGAUCGUGUCUUUGAGAGACAACAUUAUUCUGACAUUUUCUCAACAACAGAGCCCAUCAAACCCGAGCAGUGGUGCUCCAUGCUGAUGAGGCAGUGCGUGGCUCAGCCGCAGGCAGUCAUGUUCCAGGCAACUGAAUACUCAGCCAUGGCCUCACUAGCUGGUGGACUGGAUGACAUGAAGGCCAAUAUAACCAGCCCAACUUCUGCAGAUUUGGGAGCCAGUGUUCCUGGGCCCCAGUCCUACCCUAUUGUCACAGGUCGCGAGCUGGCGAGCACAACCCUCCCAGGAUACCCUCCCCACGUCCCUCCUGCCGGACAGGGCAGCUACUCUGCUCCAGCGCUGACAGGAAUGGUGCCUGGGAGCGAGUUUUCUGGGAGCCCAUACAGCCACCCACAGUAUUCUACAUACAACGACUCCUGGAGGUUUCCCAACCCUGGACUCCUGGGCUCGCCCUACUACUACAGCGCCACAGCCCGCGGAGCCGCCGCUCCGGCCACCGCCGCCUACGACCGCCACUGACCCAGAGCCCCGACAGCACUCACGGGGGACAGCGCGACACCCUGUGCCACCGCCGUGACACCCUGUGCCACCGCUAUGACACGCUGCUGCCACUGCCGUGACACGCUGCUGCCACCGCUGUGACACCCGCUGCCAGCGCCGUGAUACGCUGAUGCCACCGCUGUGACACCCUGUGCACCGCCGUGACACGCCGCUGCCACCACUGUGACACCCUGUGCCACCGCCGUGCCACCCUGCUGCCACCGCCGUGACACCCGCUGCCAGCGCCGUGACACCCUGUGCACCGCCGUGACACGCCACUGCCACCAUCCAGCCACCCGAAGGGAAGCACAGAGUACCUAGUAGGAACAUGACCAUUGACAUUUGUUGAACAGAUUAUUGUAUUCGUGAAUCUGGUUGGGUCCUGAAUCAGAGAAGCAGGAGGAGGUGGUACUCCUGAGGCUCUGUGUGGUCAAAAUGUGUGGUAGCUUCAAGUUCUUUGCAGCUGGCUGGCUACUGCUUCAAUUGCCUGCGGGUGCCAUGGCUGUAUCUGGGGAUAAGGAAGAGGUGUGAGCAGCUCCCCUUGGGGCAGCUCCCUCUUGCUGCACACUGAAACAGGCUGUGAGACUCAAGGCAAUUUUCUUUUCUUCUUCUUCUUUUGUUUUUCUUUUUCUUCUUUUUAUCUUUUUUUUUUCUUUUUUCUUUUUUUUCUUUUUUUUGUGUGUGGCAAAGAAAAAAUCAGUCUCCUCAGUUUUACACAAGCACACCACUGUAAAUAUUUGCUUGUUUGUAUUACUGUAAGAGUAGCUUAAGCAUAAACAGCAACAUUGUACAAGUAUGAACUCAGAACACAUCCAAAAGUGUGUUUUGAAACCGGUGCACUGAUUCAAAGAACUCUGUAAGCUUUAAGCAACUUUGAACCAGGUUAACACUCAUUGUGGCUGUAUUUUGGGCUGAUGUUGUUUCUAUAUAGAGCAUCCUAUUUGACAGUUGUGUGUGAUCAUGCUAUAUGCUUGUAUCAAACACAUGGGCAACUGAAAGACAUAGGCAAUUUUGUGAUACUUUACUGCUUAAUAUUCAUUUUUGUUCAUUUGUCAUCAUACUAAACACUGGAACAAAUUCAAGUUAAGCAGCAUCCAGGAAGGAAUUCCUAAAUAACAGUUGACACCUUAUGUAUAUCUCCAUAGAUUGUGUGCUCAAUCCCAGCCAUGAAAACCCUGAGAGGAAGGCAGAGAAAUACUGUGCUUAUGAUUUUUGUUAAGUACAUGUAGUGAGUGGGGUGUACCAGGCAUGAGGGCAGCUGCAAUUUCCAAGCCAAGCUGAAGGAGAAAGUUCUUGUUUUGGCAUGUCUGUACAUUUCUGUGAAGGCAUUGCAGAUUCCAGCACUGUAAACCAGGCAUGCCUAAGGGGACUUUUGCCCUGCUAAUUCCAUGUUUCUUUCCUCCUACUUGAAUAGGAAGCACUAAUAGUCACAGGUUUCAAUGUGCACCUUGUGGGGGUCUAAAUUAAGCGAGCAGAGCAGCUACAAAUGACCCCUUAGCAGCUACACCAAUCACUGCCUCUCCACGGAGCCAGGAGAGCUGCUGAUCUCUCCCUGAAGCCUCCCCCUAGCCCAGACCAAGGCACAGACAACCUCAGCCACAUAAGGAUGACAGGCAUGACUCCAUCCCCUCCCUUCUGAGGGCAGUGGGGAAGCCGCCUGGUCCUGUUGAGAUGAAGAUCUGGCUUUAGCCUCAUUACUCCCGACCCAACCAUCCUCAUCCUCCCAGAGCUGCCUGGGCUCCGCUGGGGGAUCCUGUUGGUGCUUGCCUGCAGAAGAAAGGUUGUUGGUGUCAAACUUGAGAUGCACUCCUGUGGAGGAACAUUCAAGCAGGUAUUCAACAGGUUCCAGCUGUACAAACAUUUCUCUGGCAGCUCCUGAGUUAACACUAUUCUCUCCCUUCCCACUCAUCACUUGUGCUGCAUAUCUGGUAUCUAUAGUGGCCACUGAUCUGCUGAGAAAUUCUUUCUCCCACUCCAGUGGCAUCUUCUCAUGGUAUGGAAAUGUAGCCAGCACUCCCAAGUUUCCAGGGCAGAUGUGUGUUCCAAUCCUCAGCAGCCUUGGAGACAUCCAGGUCCCACCAGCUCUGAGACAUUUCAGCAUGAUGCUCACAGACCCCAUCUGGGAUUUCAGCCAGAGUCUUUUAAACUAAUGCAGAAAUAAGUUUUGUGACAAACUUAUCAGUGAGAUGAAUGCCAUUUUUAAUCUUUCAGCAAUUAAUUACUGAUACGCACCUGUUUUUAACAAAAGACAAAUAACAGCACGGAAAAUGUACACAAGGAACCUUCUGAAGCCCUGCUUUGGGUUCAUAACUAUCUGCAUACCCCAUGAUUGCUUGCAUUCCUUGGACAAUACUGUAAAGGGCAUUUCUGUCCCUGGGACCACAUGCAAGGGCCUGGCCAGGGGAUGUGCAGUGCCUCCACUCUGAGCACAUGCACCUUCUCUGUGAGUUCAGGAAGGCAUGUGUCUGUCCAGUGCCUUUGCUGAAGAGAUGAGAAAGAAGGGUUUGACCAGCGGUGCUGGUGAUGCAUCUGGAGCAGAGGUGUGCUGUUACACCAGCUGUUCCAGGCUUGGCUAAAACAAGUCUGUGGGCCCAGUGAGGGAGCUGCAGCUCGUUGGCAUGUGGGUCCUUCUCCCACUCUGUCUACUCUCCUGCAACCACAUUACUUUUUCUUGUUUCCUCAGCACUAUGGAUUGCUUGACAUAUAUUAAUUCAGAUAACGUUGAGAAGACUAAACAUGACAUUUCAGCAGAUGUUACUAUACUUAUGCCAGAAGUACUUGUAGUUGGGCUGGGGACUUAGGAAAGACAAGACAGGUGUGUUUCCUCCAGAUGAUGCAUGUGUGGAUGCCACUGCUGAAGUGACCCAAAGUGCUCAGGCCUGACUGGCCUCAAGGCUUUCAUCAGGGCAGCCCCUGGCCUGCCAGGCGUGGUGGGGGGCUCCAUCCCAAGGACUCUCUGGAUACACAGGCAGCUAAUGAGGGGAAACCUGAAACUUCCAUCCCUGCACAUGCAAAGCAGGGACUCGUGCCUGACCCAUCUCCCAAAAUGUGGCAGCCAUGGCUCACUCACAUCUGCUGGGAUAUCCUUCUGUCACAAACAGCCAGUAUGAUUUAGACAUGGAGUAUCCAUGCCAUGCUGCUGGAAAAGGCACUUCUUGACAGUACUUUCUGUUUCUGGGAAUAUUGCACCUGAGAUUUACAAACUGCUUUCCUCAGAAAGACUUUCUGUCCAUGGUCUUCAUUGUGGAAUCCUCCUCCUUGGGGAGCAUCUUUGAAAGGCACUAUUGGUAGAAGGUGGUGGUCUGGGCAUGACGGAGGAUUUCGUGCUUCCAUCUGUGCUCUGUGGCCUCAGAGGGGUUACUGGGUGAGGUGGAGAUGGGAAGAAAAUGACCCUUAGGGGCUACAAGGAGAGGAGAGAGCCAGCCCAGUGCUGGGGUUUGUGGUGUCCUGCUAAUCCUUUACUCAGGUGGGAUGCCCUGCAGAGCAAAUCAUUACUAAACCUUUGCAGAAAUCAACCCCAUGAAGUGCCUUCAGGCAGUUUCAGCCCUGAACUCUGUAAUACACUCAGUUAGAUGGAGGGUUUUCCAGUACUUGACACUCCAGCAAUAAUUUUAUCAAAUACAUUGCUGACACAGGCAAAGAAAUUAAAUCUGAAAGGUGGAGAGGGACAAUGCUGCUGUGAAACUAAAUCAAUGGAGGCUGGAGUCAGGAUUGCAUGAACUGACUUGUUGAGGAAACCUUCAGUUAAAUGCUGUCAGACUGUGACCAUAAAGAAGACACAAAAUGUUGUGGACACUGAAUUUUUUCAUCAUCUGUGUCUGAAGGUUCAGUUAUGGAGAUAUUAUUGCUAGGCAGCUCUACUGACUGCAGAGCUCUGGAUGUCUCUGAGGACUGGAUCAACAGAUCAAAAGUUUUCUUUGAUCACUGUUGAAGCAGAAAAACACAUGGGGCUCUGGCAUCAUGGGGCCAGAGAACGACUGUUCAUUCCAAGAUGUCUGAGAAGUUCUCUGAUUGGACUGGAAGAUGUUAGGACAACAUCAGUGCAUGAGGCACUUUGGAAAGAGAUGGUGAGGAAGGAAACAGCCCCAGGGUACAUGGAGCUGACAAUCUCCUUGACUCCCUGUGACUGAGUCCUCUUGGUGCUGUAGUGUGAGGGCAGUGCAGUUGGACAGAGUGGCAUGGUGGGUAAGGGAAGGGAUGGCCUCACCGUGCCAGGUCUUAGUACUUACUGGGUGUUAAUAAAUGCUUUGCCAUGCUAGUCUUAGCUAAUGGGGUUAUAUUCCUGGCUUUCUUUUUCUUUAAUUUAUGUUUUUUACACAUGCUUCAAUAAGGAGGGGAGAGGAAGACAUGUUAUAGUCCUGCUUGUUUCCAGACACAGGUAUCAGGAGCUGUGGCCUGUAGCAGACUCAGCUUGUAUAGCUGUCACUGGCUGCACCAGGCUUGGACCAAUAUCCUUCCCAGCACCGUGCUCUUUCCUGCGUGCAGGUGCCACUGGGAAGCAUAAGGCUAAGAAGCAGCACAGCACUUGGCUGACCCCCCCAUAACCCUGUCCCAGCAAACUCUGGGAAAACCUGGUUUUUCUCCUGGAUUCGUUGAUGAAAUGUUAGAGGAGCAGCAGCUCUUGGCUCGCCAAGCGUGCAAGUGAGGGUCACAUGUGAGUGUUGCUGGGCACAGCCAGGUCAGCCUCUGCACUGGCAGAGGCACUGGGCACACAUCAGAGUUGCAGCCAGCUGCCCUCUGCUCUGGGGACAGAGUGCUCAGGAGCCACACAUGGCUGGGGAUGCAGCUGGGGCAGUCCUGUAGCUCCUCAGACCUGCUCUUGUCACAGGGAUGUGUUACCACACUAUGACAAACAAAAGGAUCUGAAAGGAUCAAAACCAGUUAGUGUUCUUUUUCUGGUCGAGCUGAUGAGACUUGACAUGCAAAUGCUGAGUGAAAAGCAUGUCAAAGUGGUGCCUGAGUUGCUCACCUCAGCAUCACAGCUGACACAGGUGCCAGCUGCAGCAGUGGCCUCGCUCACCAGUCCUGUGGAAGACUCACAGAAUGCAGGAGUUACAGGGUGGGAGCCAGGCUGAGAGGACUGAGCUGGACACAGCUGCAGCAUUGCCAGGUGGGCAGGCAAGCAUGUAGGGAUUGCUGUCUACACCCUUGAAUGUGUAGUACACCACUACUUGAGUAUCUCAGAGCUUGCAGGGGCUGUGGAGAGGUGGAUUCUAGUCCUGCAUCAGCCCCAGACACCACCCAGCCAGACCCCUCAGUCCAAGGUCUCUGGCUCUGCCUUGUCUAAAUGAGGUGGGAAAAGUGGCCAGUGGGCAUUUAGACCUGCCUUUCCCUUUGCUCAGCCUACUGUGGGAAAAAAAAAUCUCGUCAUGGUUUUUCACUUUGUACAGUGGCCUUUGUAUAUUCCGAAAUUACAGAAACUCAUUUCAUUGCAAAUGGAAUUCCUUUCCAAGAAAAAAAAAAAAAAAAAAAGAGCAAACUUUUUUUCUUAAAGACAAACCACUAUGUGUUAGGGACUUCUAGCAACAAAGAAAUACUUAUUGUAUCCACCAAAGUCUGCAAUGCCUGCAUUGAACCUUACUUCUUUAAAAUGAGAGGAAAAAGAAAGAGAGGGAGAAAAAGAAAAGCCUCCUCACCUUGAAAAGUACAUACAAACAAAAAAUAACUUACAAAAAAAAAUCCUAAAAAAUAACUGUUGAAUUGCCUUUGAAAGUAGGGGAUAACAUCUGUUGCAAAACAGAUGAAAAAAUGCUUCUUAAAAUGUGUAUGUUUUGUAUUCUUUUUUUCUAGUAGGAAAAGAACAAACUUGAAAUAUUGGUGUUUUUUCCUUAGUGCUGUGUGUUGCUUUUGUGUGUUAUAAUAUUUGAAUGUAAUUACAGCAGUGCCAAUUUGCCAAAGACGUCGAACAUUAUUUUGGGGAUUUUGUUUUGGGUUUUGUUUUGGGUAGCAAAAAGGGAGGUGGGCUGGGGACCAGGGGUGCUAAGGCAUGGGUCAAAAAGGAGGGGCUGUUUGAAGGGGUUUUUUCCUUUGUUUUUUUCUUUUUUUAAAAUUCUUUUUCCUGUCAGUACUGGAAUUUGUGAUUUUAUUCUAAGUUAAAUGGUUGACUGCAACACUUUUUUUUUAGAUUAGUUGAAGAAACAUGCAAUAAGAUUGGCGUAGUUCAAUAUCUGUGUGUCUUUUCAUGAGAGUGACUGUUACUUGUGGACAUUUGGUUUUAUGUAACCUUUAUGUGAGAUAAUUAUUUGUAAAUAUUUACCAUAAUU